AUGGAAGACAAUUUCGAGAAAUCUUUGUCAGUAAUCGAAAACAGUUACAAGAGUAUUGUCACACUAGAUGAAGAGUGGAGGAAUUUGGAGGAGCAACUAAAAUGCGUCAGAAAGAUGCCUUCAAUCAGCGCACUGAUGAAUUGCUCACCGCAUUGGCAAAUCAAAUUAUGCGGACGUUUAGAAAUAGCCAUUCAGGAGGUUUAUGAAGAUUUGUCUGAAAAGAUGCGCGAAGUAAGAGAGUGCGCAGCUACAAUCACACGCUACAAGACAGAACUGGAAGCUUCUGGAAGGAACAUCUCUUUCACGUUCACAAAGGAUUUGGAGCUUUUACUGAAUUAUCUUUGCGAAGAGGACGCAAAGUGGUCGGCAAAGAUAACAAACGGGAGGCAGCAACAGUGUUUCCAUCCUUCAGCUCUCCCGAGAUACCUUAUUUGUGCUAUACAAAGAUUGAGGAGUGAUCUGACGACACUAAAAUGA